CGUCAGUGUGAUCUGUCAAAAAAUGUUUCCAUUCCUUCCCGUGUUGUUUGGAAAAAUAUAAAUCAAAACUACUAUGUUUUCGGCCCUAAACAUGCAUAAUUUUAUCUUCGUUGUGUAGCUCAGUGUUUUGCUUUUUAUGUGUUCGUGUUUUGUGUCUGAAAUAAUGGAGGAAACCAGUUAAAUCACGAAGUGGAAUUCGCCACCAUUAACAUUGUUUUAGCGGGACGAGCCCAUAUAUUAUUCUAGAUGCUGCCUUCUAUGCCAAUUUUGUUCACGAGAGACAGCCAGGAUGCUUUUGGUAAUAAAAUUGUGCCGAGUACUAGUUCUUUCAUUCAGAAUUUUGCUCCUAAAAUUGGUUUAAACCCAGAGCCUCCUCCUCAAAAAACUGAACAAACUCCUCAAUUGCCUGUUCAGAGUGAGAUUAAAAACAAAAAUGAUAACCAGGGUAAAAAUAAAGAGCCAGUUAAGGCUCUUGAGUCAACAGAGGCCAAUGCAUUAGAUGCAGCAUUAGUUAGAUCUUAUUACACAAAAGUACAAUCAAGAUUUUCUUCAAACCAGUCGGUGCCUACCAAUAAGUUUGUACAGUUUCAAAGUCUAUUGAAAACUUUCGACCCUGCCAAGGAGACUCCCGUAGAGUUAUAUAAGAAGAUAGAGGAGUUAUUUGGUGUAGAGCAUAAGGAUUUUGUAGAGGACUUUCUAUUGUUUCUGGAGCCAGGACAGGCAGUGCAAGUUGGAAGGUUCUCCGACCAUGUUAUGUUGACCAAGAUGACAAAUUUUAUAGAGUUGUUACAAACGUCGUUAUCCCGCAAACCCACGGUGCUUCGCAAAGUCCUCCGCGCCAUAACGAACGCUCUCGCAGGCGGCGCCGGCGCAAAUUUGAAGAGCCGUGUGAUGCCGCACUUGCGCGCGCAUCCGAAGCUCGCCGCCAUGUUUAAAUCGCUGUUCCUUGACGAACGGCCGCCUGAUAGUUUAUACGAAAGUGGCGUGGACAUGUUACACGAGAGCUUUCUCACUGACGACAAGGGUUACGACGUUUGGACGUUUCCCGAAGAGAAGUACAACCGGAGGCAGCCUACAGACAACACGGGACUUGACACUGUGUACCUCCACGGUCGGGUGUUCCUCCAACACGGCAGGAUGCUGCGCGCGGCCUGCGUCACCUACCCCUACAGCAAAGAACCCUACCGGGUGCGGACGAACCCAACCCCAACCCCAAACCGCAGCCCCAAAAGAAAAAGAAAACCCCCAAGUCACCCACCAAGAACAUCAAAGACGUGAACGACAACACCAAAAAAGAUGUACUUAAAAGCCCCAAAAAGAAUGGAAGGAAAAAAGAACUGAAAAGAGAGAAAAAAGACAAGACUGUUAUCACAGAGGCUCCGAAACCAAAACUCGCGAAGAUCGAAGUCACGGCGACUGAAAUAAAAAAAGAAACUAAAAGUAAUUGGACCAGAGAAGAAGAUAAGACUAUGCUACAAGUAUUAAAGGGCGAAGCGGGGUCCGAACAAGUAUUUGGAAGGAUACAAGAGUCCCUACCCCAUAGAUCGUAUACGGAAAUCAAAGAGAGGUUUUGCCAUGUCAUGAGUUUGCUCCAGGAAAUGGCCGUUGGUGAGGUCACGUAGUAACCCGAACUGAUUAUUGUUAAGUGUAUUUAUAAUUUUUUAAUGAAUAAAUUUAUUUUUGACUUUUAGA